AUCGCUGGAGUGCGCUGUCCUCUGUACAGAGUGAAUCGAGAGGACGUGUUGAUGACGUUUGCAAUAUCCAUUUUGUACAUUAUUCGCAUUUGUUGUCGAUUCGGUCGGACUACUGGGUUAUAAACACGUAUUUUUUUUUUACAGUUAGCCUUCCAAGGCUAAAUAAGAAGGCAUCCUGGAAGAAGCGGGUGAACCGAAGAUCUCUACGCAGCAUGGAUUCUAUGUAACUCCGGCAAAAUGUAAUGAGGAGAUGACUCCGGGAGAGAAAGAUCAACAGGGUACCAACCGUAUAGUGUUGGUCAAGAAAAUGAUCAUGAAAGAUGGGCCCACGAUUAGGCUUGGUGAUCAUGACGUGAUUUCCACCUUGCAUGACAGCGAGCCGGGCCAUGGCAUUGGCAGACCCAGUGUCUCCCAUGCUGUUGUGGUCAUCUUCCUGGAGUUCUUUGCCUGGGGUCUCCUCACCACUCCCAUGCUGACAGUUUUACAUGAAACAUUUCCACAGCACACAUUUCUGAUGAAUGGCCUUAUUCAAGGUGUGAAGGGCCUCCUGUCCUUCAUGAGCGCCCCUCUGAUUGGUGCCCUGUCAGAUGUGUGGGGCAGGCGGUCCUUCCUAUUGGUCACUGUGUUCUUCACCUGUGCCCCCAUCCCGCUCAUGAGACUCAGUCCCUGGUGGUACUUUGCAGCGAUUUCCAUGUCAGGGGCUUUCUCUGUCACCUUCUCUGUCAUCUUUGCUUAUGUCUCUGAUGUCACUGAGGAGCAUGAAAGAAGCACAGCAUACGGACUGGUGUCGGCUACGUUUGCAGCCAGCCUGGUGACGAGUCCAGCCAUCGGGGCGUACCUGUCCGCGUGUUACGGUGACAACCUGGUGGUGUUGGUGGCUACGCUGGUGGCUCUGGCAGACAUCUGCUUCAUCCUGCUGGCCGUGCCUGAGUCCCUACCGGAGAAGAUGAGACUCAACACCUGGGGAGCACCUAUCACCUGGGAGCAGGCAGACCCCUUCCAGUCGAUGAGGAAAGUGGGAAAGGAUCCCACAGUUCUUCUCAUCUGUAUAACCGUGUUCCUGUCCUACCUACCUGAGGCUGGUCAAUACUCCAGCUUCUUCCUAUAUCUUAGACAGGUCAUUAACUUUUCAUCUGCAACAAUCGCAGUGUUCAUCGGGGUGGUUGGAAUCCUCUCCAUCAUAGCCCAGACACUUAUUCUCACAGUCUUGAUGAGAACUAUUGGAAACAAGAACACGGUCCUUCUGGGCCUGGGCUUCCAGAUUCUACAGCUGGCCUGGUACGGCUUCGGGUCAGAACCAUGGAUGAUGUGGGCUGCAGGUGCAGUUGCAGCCAUGUCUAGUAUCACCUUUCCUGCAGUGAGUGCCCUGGUGUCUCGCAGUGCAGACCCAGAUAAGCAAGGUCUGGUUCAGGGGAUGAUCACUGGUAUCCGAGGCCUGUGUAACGGUCUGGGCCCGGCGCUGUACGGACUUAUCUUCUUCAUGUUUAACGUAGAGCUGAACACAAUCGAUCCCAUCCAGGGAGAGUACCCCAUCGACCCUUUACCUGUUAACCCCCCGACUGAGAAAUCCUUGAUCCCCGGCCCUCCCUUCCUGCUGGGCUCAUGCACGGUGGUGGUGGCCUUCCUGGUAGCCUUGUUUAUCCCUGAGAACACCGAACCUCCUGUGGUGACCUGCGCUGACGCCAAGGAUACCUCCAUGCUAGCCGGCGUCCACAUCAACACCCCGUUACCGGGCAGCGACGAGGACACGCCAGCGCCGACCAGCGACGAGGACUUUGAGCCCCUCCUGCAGGACAGUGUUGUGUGACUGAGGGAGGGCAGCAGGCCCCUCCUGUAGGACAGCGUUGUGUGACUGAGGGAGGGCAGCAGGCCCCUCCUGUAGGACAGCGUUGUAUGACUGAGGGAGGGCAGCAGGUGGUUCCUGCAGGACAGCGUUGUAUGACUGAGGGAGGGCAGCAGGUGGCUCCUGUAGGACAGCGUUGUAUGACUGAGGGAGGGCAGCAGGUCCCUCCUGUAGGACAGCGUUGUAUGACUGAGGGAGGGCAGCAGGUCCCUCCUGUAGGACAGCGUUGUAUGACUGAGGGAGGAUGAAGGGCAGCAGGCGGCUUUGGUAUUAUUACACCCAUCUAUGGGUACCACGCCCCCCAUGUAGCCUACGUAUCCUCAACGGAGGAGAGGGAGAGAGGCCUAGCUAACAAACCUCAAUAUUCUGUGCAACUCUGCACUGCACAACCAACCAGUCCCCGCUCCUGUCCCAUAAAAACUAGUAUUUAUUUUUAUUUUUGACCUGGAUUGGAUUUGCUGUUUAUGAUGUAGUGAUCUUACAGGGGAUGCUUUUUUUGGGGGGGGGGGUUCAUCUCUAGGACCUCUAAGUUUUAAAUCUGAAGGGAGCGACAGCGAAGAUGGCGGACCCAGCGGGCAAAAGUGGUUACUGGUUGGUAUCUGGUGCCAUUUCAACCAGGUUUGCCCACUGGGUAGAUUGAGUUGUUCAAUAGAGGUAGAAGGGAAAGAGCUUGCUGUGCCCGGCAUCUUAUUGCUUUAACGCAUCUUCAAGCUCAGCAUUUACUGUAGCCCACAUCUAAUGGUACCUCAACACAAGGAGGCUUGAACCGAGUCUGUGAAAUGCAAGGAGAUAUGUGCCAGUAGUCAGUCAACAACACUUAAAAUAUUUACUUCGAAAGCUUGUUCACUAUGAGCAGCCAUAAGAUUACGACAUUAUAUAAUGGAUGAGAUGUAUACUGUAAGUCCGAUAUUUCAUGGGAGCUUCUGUUCAGAAGCCUUACAGCAACUCAUAUCAUUCAGAGAGCAGUUAUCAUAUCAUUGUCUUAUAACUGGUGGGUAAACAUGGGAGAUUAGGAUGAUAGGAUAUUUGACAUAGGAAGAUUAGAUCUUGGUGUAAUUUUUACUCCCAAGAUCUCAACUUCUCACUUUAUUGUGCAGAGUUUUGGUACUUGAACCACUGGUCCUAGAGUAACUGCUAAACGUGUUUCUGUAUAGUGAGAACUAUUUAAGAUAUUCACUGGAUAUGGCCUCUUGUCAGUAGGAGGCAGUGCUGUGGUGUGGAUGAUGCCAUUAGGUUAUGGUUGUCAUGGUUUUAUGCAGUGCUCUGCAGUUUCUGUUCAGUCUGUGAAAUCUUGAUUGCUACUGUACUAAAAAGGUUUUUUUUCUUAAAAUAUGAGGUAUUUUAUUUAUAUUAUCCAUACUGUAAAAAUGAUAUUGCUAACGUUCUGCAACAUAUUGACAGAAAUGUCUAGGCUACUCUGGUAGUAAUAAUAAUGUAUUUAACUUAGAGAAACAAGUUUUUACUGGUUUUCUUUUUGUAAUUUUUGGGAGAAUUUUAAAAAUUAUUUUAAUUUUAUUUUAAGUAUAACCUUACCCUGAAAUAUAUGAUGGGGGUGGAUUUUUUUUUCUUGUUUUCUUUUGUGUGUGUGUGUGUGGGGGGGGGCAAAAUCAUGACUUUUAAUCAUUGUUUAUUUUCUUUCACUAAAUAUGUCCCAGUGUUGCAAGCUACCUCAGCUUUAAAAAUUACUUAUUUUAACGCAAAACUAUCGUUAUCUCAAAUAGUUUUCACCUCCCAAGAGUAAAACUUCAAUAACCCGGGGAUUAUAAAAUGUAAAUUAAGAGAAAGCAAUUUGACCUGAUCAAAUCCAUUAGGGGCACAUUUUUAUUGUACAUAAUGAUUAUUUUCUGUGAGGUUGUCACAAUGUCUAAAUGUUCAUAUUUUAUAUGUACAUACUGUAUUGAAUUAAAGGUAUUAGCCUGUAUACCUACAGGUUAGGCUUUUAAAACUAACAUUUACCCCCAAUGAACUACAACACCAAGUUGUUUUCCCUAAUGUGAAUGAGGAAGUAGUUUGUCGAGACCUACCUACAGCUGUAUGUAAAGCUACUCCAUACCGUGUCAAGUUGAGUAUGUACUGAAGGAGAUUCCUGUUUGGAUGCAUAAUGCAUGAAUAGUGACUAGCUGUCCAUGGAUCUUUUUAAGAGUAGAGUAUUAGAAAGCUCACAAAAUGUGUUGUAUCUGGAUGUGAACUUUUAAAAGUAUUUAUAUUCCCCAAAAAGUGGCUAUGGGGACAGAAAGACACAGCUACACAUGUCUUCCUGUCUGUCUCUGAAAUGAAACGAUAAACAAUAUAUUAGGUAUAUAGUUGAUUGGUUGUGCUCAGACAGAGAUUGUGAGUGCUUCUGCUUUCCCCUGAUGGUUUGCCAGUCAUUUCCUUGUUCUCUAAGGUACAUGUACGCAGGUUCCUAUCAGCGAGGGAAAUGAUUGAAGUGAGCAGGAGAAGGUAAAGCUUCCUAUCUGUCACCUCCAACCCCAAUCCUGUUGUGAAGUAUUUUGACCAAGAAUCCAUAAAUUGAUGUCAGAAGGUCAACAGCUACUUUCAGUCAGUGACUGUUGUUGAAUUUCCUCCAGUGUUAUAUUGUACCUGCCUGUAAGAGUAAAAAGGAAUUAUUAGUAUUAUGAAUUCUAUGAUGAAGACUAUUGUAUAUGUUAUGGAAAAGUAUUUCGGAAUGGUUACAAUUCAUAUCUCUAGGACUGCUAUAUUUUGGGAACAUGUUUAGAACUUCGUUGCGCUGAAAUGCAACUCGUGAAGUAUUUUUCUAAUUUUGUGUAACAUGAUGAUUUUGUUGUCAUAGUUACACAUCAACUUCAGAGUUUUGUUUGUAUGAUGAGGAUUUAUAACUGAGACAACACAUUCCACCAUGUGCUCUUUAUGUCUGUAUCUUCACCCAGCAUCUCUGAGAGGAUUAUUAUACAAACGUGCCUAACAAAUGAACAUGUUCAUUUCUGAAGAUAAGACAAAUGACUAUAGCUUUAUCUCAAACUGGCACCCUAUUCCCUUAUUAAUGCACUCAUUUUGACCAGGAUCCAUUGACCAGGGCCUGUUGACCAGGGCCCCAUCGGGUUUUGGUCAAAACUAUUGCACUAUAUAGAGAAUAGGGUGCCAUUUGGGUUGCUGACUAACAGUGUCUAUGAAGUGGAAGUUAUUGCUCAUGAUAACCCAAACAAAUGAAAUAUACACGGGCUAUGUAUAUAUACCUCUUAAGUCUUGUCUUGAAAAAAAUAAAAAAUAAAGGUUGAAUUGUAAUAA